CUAAAAGGGUCCGUGUUCCGGUUUCUCCCAAGGCAAAGUCACCCCGGGGAAGCGAGGCUGGGUCUUAAUCGAGGCCUCUGAAGCCAAACCCUGGUUAGAAGACGUCUCGUGUGAAUGCAGCCUUCCUGACUUCUCUCGACCCCCGGCCGAGGAGAAGGGGAGAAAAGACAAGGCUGCCAUCUUAGCCUCCUCCCGAUCUACCAGAGACAGCGAGGCUGCUUUUCUCCCUCUCCGGUCUCGGAGGCAGAAGAACGAGCAACACGAGGCCGAAAAAAGGUCCUUCAGACGCUGCCAUGACUCCCCUGCGCUGCCUCAAGCACAAAUUAGCCGCCUUUUUUCGCGCCUUCGCCAUGCCAGUCUCCACAAUAAUCCCCGGAGAAUCUUCCAGCGCCGCGCUGGAUAGUCCCAACGGCGACACGGUUUAUCAGACCCUGCGUUUCGUCAAGCUGACCGAAAACGCUUUUGCGCCUUCUAAAGGAUCUUCCCGGUCGGCGGGCUACGAUUUGUACAGUGCAUAUGACUGUGAGGUCCCUGCCGCAGGGAAAGCUGUUGUGAAAACAGAUAUUCAGAUUGCCCUUCCUACUGGCUGCUAUGGUCGAGUUGCUCCUCGAUCUGGAUUAGCUGUAAAUCAUUUCAUUGAUGUUGGUGCUGGAGUAAUUGAUGAGGACUACAGGGGAAAUGUUGGUGUUGUAUUGUUUAACUUUGGAAAGGAACCAUUUAAAGUUAAAAAAGGUGACAGGAUUGCUCAACUAAUCUGUGAGCGCAUCUACUAUCCGGUUCUUGAAGAAGUCAAGGUUUUGGAUGAAACGGAACGUGGCUCAGGUGGUUUUGGAUCAACUGGGCAGAAAUAAAGAAAACCCUUUUAUACAGUAUAUUUU